AUGAAACCAGACAUGAUAAAAGAAUUGGAAAACAUUAAUAAAGAGAAGAAAAAGAAGAAGAAAGAUGAGACAAUAAGUGAGAUAGAAAGGGAAGAAAAUUUAGAAAAUAAUCUUCCUUCCCAAAAUGAGCUAGAAAGUGAUGAACAUCUUGGAUGGGAAAAAUUUCUCAAAAUUUCCUUUGGUGGUGUUGAAAAAGAUAAAGGUGAAGCUUUUUCUUUACCAUCUUCAAAUUAUCACAACCUAUUCCGUACGCAAAUGCAGAAAAUCCGAAAGGAGCAACUGUUGGAUGAUUGA